AUGGAUUGGUCGGUUAAGGAAAACAAUUUGAGUCGUUAUAACAAUAAAAAGUUAAGCGAAAGUAAAGUUAUAAAUUAUGACCAACCUCCACCCAAUUAUUCCAGUGAUGAGGAUAAUAUUUGCACCAAGGAGGCUGUCAAAAGGAAUAUCAAAGAUUAUUUGGAAAAUACAACUCUACAUGGUUUGAAAUAUAUUGCUGAAGAUAAAAUUACCAUAUCGGAAAGAGUUUUCUUUGGCUUGGCCUUUGUUUGUGUGGUUAUUGUAUCGGGAUUUUUCAUAUCCAAUGUAUAUGUAAAGUGGUCGGCUACACCCAUAAUUAUAUCGACUAGCUCAAAGCAGACCCUAAGCACUGAGGUACCAUUUCCUGCAAUAACCAUAUGUAAUCUGAAUCAGGCUCAGAAGAGUAAAGUACAAAAUAUUCCAAAGACCAGCUCAAAUUUUUCAUUGCUAAUGAGUUUGUGCGAUCAAGAGGCUAACGAUGUGGUGAUGACAUAUUUGGGAUUUUGGAAAUAUUUUAAAGCCAUUUUAAUUGAGGUGGCUCAACCUUGUGACCGCAUGCUUCUAUUUUGUAGCUUUGGUUCUCUCGUUGAAAAUUGUUCUAAUAUUUUCGAUUCCGUAUUAACGGAUGAUGGAUUGUGUUGCACAUUUAAUGCAUUGGAUUCGAAAUUUUUACUGCUAAAUUACAGUGAAGAAAACUCUCUCAUACCGAAUUCGGAUAGUCAUUAUGUAGCCAUUGAUUGGACCCCGGAUAAGGGUUAUCCAAAGGAUUUGCCUUUACAUUACUAUCCAAGAGUUUCAGGUGGAACUGGUAGCAGAAUGGGUCUCACAGUUGUAUUGAAUGUAUCAUCGAGUGAAUAUUAUUGCAGUAAAACGAAGUGUGUGGGUUUUAAGGUCUUGGUGCACAAUCCUGCUGAAUUACCAAAAAUCAGCAAUUAUGGAUUCCUGAUGACGGCAGGUCGUGAGGCUCGCAUACCCAUUGAACCCAUCUAUCAGGAUGCUGUGGAUAGCAUUCGAUACAUUAAAAAAUCUGUACGUCGCUGUUUAUUCUCGGACGAAGGAGAUUUGGUUUACUAUCGCACCUAUUCUCGAAAGAAUUGUGAAUUGGAAUGUGAAGCUAAAAUUUUGAUGAAGAAAUGUUCAUGUGUUUUGUAUUAUUUACCACGUAUUGAUCCGACGGUACCGAUUUGUGGACCAAAUGAUAAUCGUUGUACAACUCAGGUACAAUCGGAGAUUGAAUCAUCGAACAAAAGUGCUUCGUGUGAUUCUUGUUUGCCGGGAUGUUUUGAAUUGAAUUAUCGAACGACAUUGACAUCGUCCUCAAUGGUUUUGGGUGAUUUUCGUACUUCAGAUGAUUUUCCGCCGGGUAUUUUUACGCCAGAUACAAAAAUUAGCGAUUUGUCGAUAAUGCAUUUCUAUUAUUUGUCGAAUACAUUUCGUGGCACAACAAAAUCGGAAAUGUUUGGUUUUACGGAGUUUUUGUCCAAUACUGGUGGUCUAUUGGGUCUCUUUAUGGGUUUUAGUAUAUUUUCCAUAAUUGAAAUUGUUUAUUAUAUUACGGUGCGACCCUAUUGUGCUGCCCGUUCUAUUGAAUUGGAAAAGAGGCGUAGACAAAAUGAAAUAAAGUGGCUCACAAAGGAUUCAUAUAAAAUGGAUGUUUCUGCAACUGAUUUGAAAAAGAAAAACUGGGUGAAACGCGUUCGUAAAACUCAUCGAAAAUAUCAGAAAAACUUACGUAAUAUGUUUACAAAGUCACGUAGCAUACCUAAUGCAGAUGGACAGGUUUAUCCUUAUAUUGAAUAA